UAAACAACGGUUUGAAUCUUUUUCAAAACUGUCAAGCAUUCGAGAAAAUUGGGAUUGUCAAAAUGAACAAGUGUGGUACACCGUGUCAAGUAACGGCUUCUUUACCUGUCGUUUCGUGCUAUUUUAUUCCGUUGACAGGCGAAUAAUCGAAAUUACGCGUCGGACUUAGUGAGCAGCGUCCUAACCUCUAAUUGUUAUAUCAUUCGAGAAAAGGGCAAUUUGCAAAUUUCGAGGGGAGCAGAUUGUUUUUGGGUAUGUUCCUCAAUUUGUUGAAUAUCGGCAUUCGUCAGAAAGAUUUUUUUUUGACUUUUUUCGCGCAAAAGGGGUGUCAAAUAUGUGAUUCUCGGAGGGUCUACUGCAUCCCUAAAAAUGGAAUACGACUCGGAAUCAAGCUGUGAGGAUCGUUUGCGGGAUUUGGAAGCAUCGGAGGAGCUUCCAAGUCUUCAAAGGAGUCAGAAAAAUGAGCAAGAGCAGGCCUCGGGAUCUGCUCCUUGGCAUCCUCUGGAGGGAGCUUCAUUCCAACCAAAGGUACCUUUUGGAGUCGUCAACAGGUCUCUUUCAUCUCAGGUAAUGGAAUAUUACCGCAAGUACUCGCAAAAUUCCAACCUGGAGCAGUACUUUUCUUUACCCACAACAAGUGCCUCUUCCGAGGGCAUAAAAUAUUACUAUAGCCUCUACGAGUUGAAUCCCAAACCGGGCGACAACGGGCAAUGCUACAAAGAUUUUAAUUUAAAAUCCUACGUUCCAAAGGAGAGGCGAAGAUGGGUGAGGCCUCCAUUGGUAGGCCAGUCAUGUGGUACUGAUUCUUCUGGAAUCUACGCGCGUCCUCUAGCAGAUCCAAGUUCACCUUCACCCGAACUGAAAAGAGCAACUCCAGAAACCAUCCCCGAGGAAAAAAGCGAGUGCCACGAUACGCCAGACAUUACCGAAAGAAAAGCGCCGUCCCCCACUUCAAGUGUAGCAUCUCACAGACGUCUAGAAUGGGACAGUGGAGCCGAUGUUGGAUAUUAUGCUGCGACUCCUCACAAUAAACAAGAAAGUAAAAAACUGAGCACUAUUGAGAGAAUGGCAUUAGCAAGAGGUUGUUCAGCAGCUUUGAGACUUGACCCCGAAGGCACCACUGAAUCCGCGAAGAUGCAAACCGGACGAUUGUCUUCUAAAUCCAUCAUGAGGCCCGAUGCAAACUCCACAUCUUUGAAGGAAACCAUCUCAGGCUCGGAGAGUGAAGUUGAGAUCACACCGAUUGUCAAAAAUCACUUGUCUGGAGUGAUUACGGGGAGCGAUAUCAAGUCUGAGGAAAGGAAAAGUUCCCGGCUUGCCAGUCAGCUGUCUGUCCCUCCGAGUUCAAACAUCAGUGAAUCAAUUUUUGAAACGCCCAAAUCAUCCGGAGUGUUUAAAGUUCCCGUCGGUUCACCCGUAAAAUACGCGACCGAAGGUAGAAGAAUAAAAGCGAGAAAUUUAAACGCGUGUACUUCCCCGCUUAAGAAGAGCAGUUCCAUGAAUAUUUUAGCAAUGCCAACGACAAAAGUACCGCUUAAGAGAAGUCAAAGCGACUUGAAUCUCGAUGCCAGGGACAAGAGCAAAGUUCUCCCUCGAUUGAUUUUCAAUUCCACGUCUUCUAUUGCCACUGUGGUAAAUAAGCCCACAACUUGCGACAAGGUCAUUCAAACCUCGUUCAAUGUUUGUAGUCAGGAAUCAGUGGGUGUUCAAGUUUCGGCCCUCGAGGAAGAGAAGCCACCAUUGCCAAAGAGGGGAACUAGUUUAACUCAAAGGUCCUUGCACUCGAUUCUGAAAAACUCGAGAAAUACUUAUAAGGUGCAGCCAAAAAGAAACGAACACAGUCAAAAAGUUUCUUCUAAAUUAAGUGCCGAGGAGCAGAGCGAGGUGGAUGAAACUCGGAAUAGUAGUUUAGAAACAGGGACUGAUUCUUCACCAGUAACACCUCAGCCUGAUGAUACAGAGAACAUAACUGGCAGGGCGAAUAGCUUCGAAUAUUUUCCAGGUCAUAUUUACGAAAACGUGCCAAAUGGGAGUGCGAGUCAUGUUUCUUCGGUUGACACUGGUAGAUCGAAUUCAACGAUGCCCAACACUAGUUCCAGUGUCGAUGAGAAACUUUGGGGAGAGUCGGAUAGUCUCGUGAGAGAUUUGGAAAGGAGUGUGAAUAUUUUAAAGAGUCUGGUUGAUGCCAACAAGUAUGACAAGGAUGUUAAGAAGAGGUUGAUUCACCACGUGGUCAAGAGACUCGUGACUACAAAAUACACAGACGACAGAAUAGAACAUAAUCUAGAGGAAAAUGUACCCUGGAAUCCUGACGAUGCGAGGAAAAAGGUCUACAGGUCUGAAAUUAUUCAGGCUCUCGCCAAAAAACAUAACACGACCGACUCCUCGGAUGAUUGGAAGCCGCAGAAGAAGAAGAUCGAGAGCAGCAAUAGCGAUAAAUUUGAUAGGAAUACGGACAGAACUGAAAUGGAUGGGAGGAAAGCGAGGAUGGGUUUGAGAACGGAUGACUGUGGACGAAGCAGUAAUACGCCCACUGAUCCAAACAAAAGCGAGAGUUCUGAGUGUUUCAUGCCGCAGCGGAAUUACAAAUCCAGCAAGAUAAAGAAUAUAUUCUGCAUGAAGAAAAAGUGCGAAGUACCUCACGGAGAAACUACAACUUCGAAUAGUUCAGCUGCAGACCAAAAUAGAGUUCUACUCGAUGCUGCCAUCAACAGUAGAAGAAGUCCGGAAGAUUCCAGCAAUCAGAGAGUAAAUGACGACUGGCGAUUACCGACAACUGUUUCUGAGAGGCAGUUUGAGUUAAGAAGAUGCAGCAAUUCGGAUUCGGGAGAUUCGAAACUUGUGAGUUAUGCCGAAAUGGAGAAGAAGAACCAACUGAUUUGGAUCACAAAUGAAAUCAGUCAUCUUUCUAAUCUGAAGAAGUUGUUGGAACAGCCGAAAAAAUUGGAUCGGCCUAAGCAAUCUCCGAGGAAAUCUCAGCCAGUUUACAAAAGGCCACUCACAGUUCCCACUUGUAUGCCUGACACAUCUCCUAAUCCUGACAGUACUCCAACUCCAGACGUGACUGAAAAUUCGUGGUCGUCUCACUGCAAUUUGGCCUCUUGUCAUAAUAUUGUCAACUCAACGGCUACCAAUUUGAAGCAGAUGAAACAAGUGAAGAAACGUAACAGUUUUACGCAAACAUCGACGGAAACUGCAGAUGCGCACUCAAAAACUGGUGGAGUUAUUGUCUCUUCGAAGGAUCAGAAUCAUGUGCAGCUAGCGAAUGCUUAUGUUCAAACGUUACAAGUUUCUUCUAAUCAGGUGUUUAAUUCUGCAGGUCCAGUUGUGUGUCCUGUUCAUCAGUCUUUCCAGCAGGUUCAAAAUUGCAGAUGUGGAGAACAAACCUUUCAGUGUCAGAAACAAGUUCAAAAUACACAGCACUGUGGUCAUCGGGUGAAAAAUCCAAGUUUGCACAAUUCUCCAAAAGGUCGUCAUCAGAAGUUGCAACGUUUCCAUCGAAAAGAGGAUCGAUCGGUGAAUUCGGUGUCUAUAUCUCCUAGUCCAUCGAAUGAUAUUAGUACGGAUUUCUCUAGGCUAAGUUUAGAUCGGCCUGGUACAGAUGAUAAUAACCUGAAACAGAAAGAUGCCAAAAAUCAUGCGAAUACUACCAGAUCAAGGUUUGCUCGAGUCGAUCCAAAUUGCAGAUGUGUAUUACGAUUGGAAGAUGAAAAGGCAGAGAAAUAUAAAAAGUCGUUAGAUAGAAUCUGUGACUUGUGUAGUAGAUGUGAUGUUUGCAAAUAUGAUAAAUCCUGCGAAUGUUUAAAUAAUAAGUUUGAAAAUAAAGAAGACGAUUCACAAGACUCGAGAGAAUCUUCUAGUGAGAAAUCCGAAGUGGUUUGUCAAGAGAUGGCUGAAAAUGGACAUCUAACUUCUCGUAAAACCUGUAAGAAGACUAAAAAGUUCUGUGGUUGUUCAGGAGAUUGCAAUUGUGAAUUUAAAGUGGAUGAAGCGAAGAAAAGUUGUAGAGACUGUGGAGAGAAAAUGAGAUCUUGUCAUUUGACGAAUUCAAACGAGGAUAAAUGUUCUCGAAAGAAGGAACCAAAUAAUGUGAAAUGUAAGUGCGAUAAGGACUGUGUCUGUUCUGGUAAAUUCAAGGAUGCUGAGGAACGAAUAAAUUGUCAAAAAUAUGCGCCACGAAAAGAAUUUAUGAAUGGAGAGAAGCUGAAGAGUCCGGAAAAAAGCUGCAAAUGCUGUCGCACUUGUGGCACUGCUUAUCAGAAAAAUCGGAAAUGCGAGUGUCGAAUCAGUUAUCCGCAACCUGUGGCUUACGAAUUGUCGUUUGUGGAGAACAACAGAGAGAGAAAAAGUUCCUCGAAGUCGGAAAAUGCGGAGGCUGGGACACUUGGAAAAGUGUCGUCUUCUAAUUCUUUGCCACUUACUGCAAGAUCGGCUACCUGUUCGUGCGAGGACGUCAAAUUACAAAAGCAGACGAAGUGCAGCGAGAAAAAGAAUUCUCUUCAGGAAUAUUUAAUAUCAAAUAGGCCCCAAUUUCUUGAAGACAUGGAGACUCGUCGACACUACUUGAAUGAAAUUUCUCAACUUCGGGAGCUGAGAAAAGAAAAGCGUGUACAAUUAAUAGCUAUGGCGAGUUCAUCUAGCCUUUUCAAACCAACAGUGCCAACUAAAACGCCAAGUACCACAUGGACUCAAGAAAUGGUUUGGUGUCUUGCAAAUGAUCUGGAUUUCGAAAGAGGGAAGGUGAUUCUUUCAGAGCGAUUUCCAUUUUUAGAACAUACGACUUUAUUCGACUACAGAACUCUAAUUCAACGAACACCUGACAUGAUUGAGCUUCCCGAGUUAGUUUUGGAUAGUGUCAGUUUUGUGAAUAAAUUACCAAGUCCAAGAUUUAUCAAAACCCAUUUACCGUUUCAUUUGUUGCCGAAACAAAUUAGAACUGGCGAAAAGAAGCCGAAAAUAAUCUACGUCAACAGAAAUGUUAAAGACACCUGCGUCUCUUAUUUUCAUCAUUGUCAACUUCUUGAAGGAUUUUCUGGUACAUUCGAAGAAUUCUGCAGACUGUUCUUAGCAGGAAAGGUUUGCUUCGGACCAUUUUGGAAACAUGUUUUCGGAUUUUGGGAAAGAAGGAUGCAGGAAAAUAUGUUAUUCCUCCAAUACGAAGAGAUGAAAGAUGACCUACAAUCAGUAAUAAAAGAAACUGCAAAAUUUCUGGGGAAAGAAGAACUCUCUAAAAGUGAAAUGAAGAGACUUGAGAAGCAUUUGAGCUUCGCUAGUAUGAAAGCAAACCCAGCAGUAAAUUAUGAAGAGGCAAUCGAAAUAAAUAAAAGAUUCAAACUGAUCGAAAAAGAAGGGGAAUUCAUGAGAAGUGGAAAACUCAAUCAGUGGAAAGAAAAUAUGUCAAAAGAAAUGAUAAAUCGAUUUGACUCGUGGACAGAAGACGUACCUAAAGGGUACAAAACCCGUUGUUGAGAGUCUGAACAAUCAGAAUAUGAUUUAUUAUAAAC